AUGCUUGCUGACUUCCUGUCAAAGUUGCUUGUAUUAAGAACAGCAAUUGUCAUAACUUGGAUUCAGUUAUUAGGGCUUUUCCGAAACAUACCUCUAUUUCCUUGUAUAUUACACUCUUAUCCACAAAGUAUUCCUUAUGCGUCGUUUUCAUUUGACCUCUCGUGUUAUGCUUCUCAUGUUAUACUUGAUCUCGCAUCCACCUUUUGUUUUUCUUUUCUUGAAUUUGCUGUAUUUUUGAUCUCACCAAUACUUUCGGAUCUUGUCUCUCUGGCUCUCCUUUGUCCGAUUACACCUAUUGUACUUCUUGUUGCAAAUAAAUACCUCACAACCCACAAAAAUUGCUUAGAAUUCCGAACUAUCGUUUGCCGAUCCUUUCCCAAAGGUGAUGGUAACUAUCAUGAGAGUUUGUUGACCAUCUGUUGCAGUUAUAAGUUUUCUGAUCUCAAGAUCAAAUUGCUGCGCUUGAAUAGUCAAGUCACAACAGGACAUCCACCAGGCCGUCUUCAAAUAAUUUUAUCAGCUUUUGAAAAAUCUUUGUUAUGCCCAGAAAUGGCUAAAGCAGAAGGACUUUGUCGAGUCAAGACACUUGGCUGUCUACCAUAG